GACUCUGGAGUUGUCGGGGACACACGAUGAGGUGUCGGGCGAAUAUGUACAUGUAUUCCUGACUUGUCGGGCAAGCCCUGUCCCGACAUCUUGACUAUGACCAUAAAAUUCCCUUUUAGACGCUGAAAAAAGGCCGUCGCCGACCGGAUGUCGACAGUGCCGACAUAUAGAAAAACAUGCAUAAAUUGGGUCACGUCGCAGGUUACGACAGGUAAACGUUACAGGUGGGUGGUUCUUUCAGGUGGGCGGGUCACGUACAAGUAAAAGGCGUUUGAACAACAACUUGACCUCUGACGCGAUUCGUAUUUCAGUGAUAGACAAAAGAGUGUCUGGUUAGAGUACGUCGACGCCCAGAACACCUCAGGCACCAAUAAGGGCACGACACGAGUUAGGGAGUAGGCCGGGUGACUAUUAAACCCUCCAGCCUGGCAGCUUGAGAGAUUUACACGUGGUGGCAACACGGUUUAAUCCAGUCAUGUACAUAUACGCUGUGCUGUUCUUCCUUGUGGCCUGUAGUCACGUCACGUUAGGAGCUAAGGACUGUUCUACAAGUGCGACAAGUGAGACGCCAGGCUGCCUAUGUCUCCAAGAGGUCGUGGGCGGGUUGAAGAACCCAGUGGCCAUGUUGCAGCCAGAUGACGAUGCAGGAAGGUUCUUCAUUGUUGAGCAGAUCGGACUGAUACGCGUUACCGACUCCAGCGGGCGGCUGCUAGACCAGUCUUUCCUGAACAUCACGUCCAAAGUGUUGACGUCUGACAGUCCCGGGGACGAGCGAGGCUUGCUCGGCGCGGUUCUGGACCCACAGUUCCGCCAGAACGGAUAUUUCUACGUGUACUACAGCACCAGGGAAGGCAAUGGCGGGGGCGGGCACAAAUCUGUGUUGGCGAGGCUGCAGGCAUCAAAUGACAGGAACCAGGCUGACCCGGGUUCCGAGCGAGUGGUGAUGGAGAUAGCGCAGCCGGGAGACCGUAACAACGGCGGCCAGCUGCUGUUCGGGGCUGACGGGUACCUGUACGUCAGCGUGGGGGACGGGGGAGCAGGCGCGCACACCGCCGGGAACACGUCAUCCCUCCUUGGAAAGAUUCUGCGCAUCAAUGUGACUACAGCGGACUCGGGACCGCCCUACAACAUUCCCCAGGACAACCCGUUUGUUGGACAGGCCAACGCACGACCGGAGGUGUUUGCUUACGGCUUCAAGAACCCCUGGCGUUGUUCAGUUGAUAAAGGAGACAAGGAAGGUGUUGGCCGUGGGCGAGUGUUCUGUGGGGACGUGGGGAACUCCAGCUACGAGGAGAUCAGCAUCAUCAGCAGGGGCGGGAACCACGGCUGGCCGGACAGGGAGGGGCACACCUGCCAGGACCCCAGCGGGUGUGACGAUGAUCACGUCCCACCCAUCCACGUGUACUCCCAUGAUGAGGGUAUUGCAGUGAUAGGAGGCCCCGUGUACCGGGGAUGUUACAUACCCAGCCUCAGGGGGAAGUACCUGUAUGCUGACUACACAGGAAAGCUGUUUUACCUGAAGGAACAACAGAAUGGUUCAUGGACGAAUGCAGCCCUCUGCGUUGGGGACAACAGUGUGUGUAAAACCAGCAGUCAGCAGUCCUGGGGAGCUGCUAACUACUUCAUCCUCGGGUUCGGACAGGAUGUCUCAGGUGAGACAUACCUGUUGACUACCCUCAACCCAAGUGCGUCUCAGCCCCUUGGGAAGGUCUUUAAGAUUGUGGACCCAAAGUCUCCAGUCAGUGUUGCACCUGCGCUGCAGCUGUCUGCCUUACUGCUGCUCAUCACACUUCUUUUCCUGAAGGAUUUCAUCUAGAAAGGAGUUUUAGAUAAUACAGCAAGAGAUUUGUUGCUACAUGACAAAACCUAGACACAAGAGCUUUUAUGAUGAUAGAUCUAUCUAGUUGUCAAUAAAUGUUGUGUAAAAGUGCCCCUAAAAUAGUACAUGUAUUAUGAUUUGUCUCAUUUGUUGCAGAUGUAACCAAGGAAAUAUUGCAUAAAUCUAUCCUUUCAUGUUCUUGUCACUUAUAAUUUCUGCAUGUAACAUUAAGAUCAUGUUUAUAUUUGAGCCAUAGAAUUUUUUCUAUGACCAUUCAAUGCUAUGUUGUAGUGUGCUACAAAAGACACACAAGCAGAGGGUGAUUUUCAUGCUGUGAAUUCUCUUUAACAAUACAUCAUAUAAAAGGAAAUGGCAAUAUUGAUAUUGCACAAGUUCUGUCAACAUGUUCUUUUUUUUGCUACAAACACAUUGUAUUGAAAAGCCAUCUUCCAUUACAUCUUGAAAUGUCUUUAUAGUACAUGUAAUAUGUUCCUUACACAGGAAGUUUUCCUUUCCACAUACAUUUUCCAAUGUGAAUGUGAUCAUAGUAAUUUGGACUAAAUAAAAGGAUUUUGUGACUGUUUGUAUCUU